AGAAGAAAGAGGGAAACGGGGAUGGGACGGAGGGAAGGGGCGCAGGGCAGGGCAAGGGGGGCGGGAAGCGCGCGCGGGGAGGGAAGGGAGGAGGACCCAGAGACAUCGGCUCAAAGACAGGCACACAGAGGAGGGCACAGCAGCAUGGAACACGCAUGUGCAAGGUGCUGCAGCUACUCAGCGUAUGCUGCAGGGCGGGCGGCCUCGGCGCGCCCCCGAGAGCGGCGGCGGGGGGGCUGCCGGGAGCGUGGCGGAUCAAAUGCUCGGUGUUCCCCGCAUCGUCUGGCAAAGAGAGCCCCACCCCGACUUGUCAUCGGUCGGCAACUCAAUGCCACGAUGGUAUUUGGGCGCGCGCGGGAAAAACGGCGAUCGUGGUCGAGACUUGCGCCUCGCGGGAUGCUCUGGGAAUACCCGAGCCAUCGGAAUGCCACAGCGGCGCCAGGCAAUGGUGGCGCGGUAAUACCGGCGAGCCACGCCAAGUGCACCUCUGCGUUUGCUCCUGGAACUUGUGUCAGACGCCUGAGGAGGAGGAGGAUGCGGAGGAGGAGGAGGAGGAGGAGGAGGAGGAGGGGUCGCAGACCGUCAACAGAAAGCCAGACGUCCCGCUGCUGCUCACAGCGCGGGGGGGUCAGGUCCCAGCCCCGCCCGCGCACGCCAGGGCAGGCCCCUGAGCGCGCGGCCCUGCUAGCAAUUCAUGCAUCUUCGGACGCGCGCCGGAGGUUAUCACCUCGACGACGGACUUGGGAGAGUCGUCGUCUUCCUCGCUCUGUUGGGAGACGGCCUCGUCCUCUUCAUCCU